AUGGGUCCCAAGAUCCUGAAAAGAUGCCUUCCAGGAUGUCAGAUCUGCCAGCAGUUGGUGAGAUGCUGCUGUGGUCGGCUGGUACGGCAGCAUGCUGGGUUUACAGCCAGCCUGGCCAUGAAGUACUCCAGACGUGAACUUGGGUGGGGGGGCAGAGGGUGGGGUGCACCGGAGUUGGAGGAGUGGGCUGUGGACAAACACACCAGGAGACCUACAGCCGCUUACGGCAUCGUUAACUUCCAGGGAGGGUCGCACUCUUACGAGCCAAGGUCCGGGAAAUCGACCCUCAAAGACCCAAGUUAUGUGCGUCUGUCCCAUGACAGCAGGCCAGAGAGCAUCCUGAGGCUGAUGCUGAAUGAGUGGCAGAUGGAGCUUCCUAAGAUCCUCAUCUCUGUCCACGGAGGCAUCCAGAACUUUGACCUGCACCCCCGAAUCAAACAGGUGGUGGGGAAGGGCCUGAUCAAAGCUGCUGUCACCACCGGGGCAUGGAUACUGACAGGAGGGGUUAACACAGGUGUUGCCAAACAUGUGGGUGAUGCGUUGAAGGAACACUGUUCUAGAUCGUCAAGGAAGAUCUGUACAAUUGGAGUCGCUCCCUGGGGCGUCAUUGAGAACCGCAAUGACCUCAUCGGGAGAGACGUUGUAGCCCCCUACCAGACGUUGCUGAACCCCCUAUCCAAGCUCAACGUGUUGAACAACCUCCACUCCCACUUCCUACUGGUGGAUGAUGGGACGGUGGGGAAGUACGGAGCUGAGGUCGAACUACGCCGCGAGCUGGAAAAACACAUCAAACUGCAGAGGAUACACGCACGAAUUGGUCAGGGUGUUCCUGUGGUAGCGCUGAUAUUUGAGGGGGGUCCCAACGUAAUUCUGACGGUGUUGGAGUACCUUCAGGACACUCCCCCUGUUCCUGUGGUGGUCUGUGAGGGGACUGGGCGUGCUGCUGACAUACUGGCCUACGUCCACAAACAGACUGAGGAGGGGGGGGGUCUACCUGACGGUGUGGAGACGGAAAUCAUCGCUACGAUCAAAAAGACGUUCAACUUCAGCCACAGCGAUGCUAUGCACCUCUUCCAGACCCUUAUGGAAUGUAUGAAGAGCAAAGAACUGAUCACUGUGUUUCAUAUCGGCUCUGAGGACCACCAGGAUAUCGAUGUGGCCAUACUGAGGGCAUUACUGAAAGGCACCAAUGAGUCUGCGUUUGACCAGCUGGUUCUGACUCUGGCCUGGGACCGGGUGGACAUCGCCAAGAACCAUGUGUUUGUCUACGGACAGCAGCUACUGGUGGGUUCGUUGGAGCAGGCCAUGCUGGAUGCCUUAGUGAUGGACCGUGUGGAGUUUGUGAAGCUCCUGAUUGAGAAUGGAGUUAGCAUGCACAGGUUCCUUACCAUCACACGGCUGGAGGAGCUAUACAACACGAAACAGUCCCCUACCAAUCCCACGCUCUUCAACCUCGUAAGGGAUGUCAAACAGGGUAAUCUCCCCCCAAACUACAAGAUGACCUUAAUUGACAUUGGCCUGGUGAUAGAGUACCUGAUGGGCGGGACUUACAGGUGCAACUACACCAGGAAACGCUUCAGGAUCAUCUACAACAAUCUCCAUGGCAACAGCAGGAGGUCAGGUCGCCACUCUGCAGGGCCUGGGUCCCACCUGAGGAAGAGCCAAGAGUCGUUCAGUAUCCAGGCCGACAAGAAGGAGAAGACCAGGCACAACCACUUCAUCAAGACUGCACAGCCAUACAAACCCAAGUUGGAGUCGGCGACAGACCAGUCCAAGAAAAAAGCCAAGGAGGAGAUAGUUGACAUCGACGACCCGGAGACGCGCAGGUUCCCGUACCCGUUCAAUGAGCUGCUGAUGUGGGCCGUCCUGAUGAAUAGGCAGAAGAUGUCUCUGUUCUUCUGGCAGCAUGGGGAGGAAAGCAUGGCCAAGGCCCUGGUGGCCUGUAAACUCUGUCGCUCCAUGGGCUAUGAGGCCAAGAAGAGUGACGUGGUCGACGACACCUCCCAGGAACUCAAGGACUACUCCAAUGAAUUUGGCACCCUAGCAGUGGACCUCCUGGAGCAGUCGUUCAGACAGGAUGAAACCAUGGCGAUGAAACUGCUGACCUACGAACUGAAGAACUGGAGUAACAGCACCUGUCUGAAGCUGGCCGUGUCGUCGCGGUUACGACCCUUCGUGGCUCACACCUGUACCCAGCUGCUGCUGUCAGACAUGUGGAUGGGGCGACUCAACAUGAGGAAGAACUCCUGGUACAAGGUGAUCCUCAGUAUCCUGGUGCCUCCUGCCAUCCUCCUGUUGGAGUUUUGGGAUACAACGAAGGCAGAGAUGUCCCACAUCCCGCAGUCAGAUGCCCAUCAGAUGACCAUGGAGGACAGCGAACACAACUUCCAUACACCACCGACAACAUACAAUGGUCAGAAUCAAUAUGACAGAGUUCAUCUCAUCUUAUCUUAUCUGCAUGACGUGUUCCAGGAGGCGAAGGCGGAUGACACCGUGGAGGUGAAGGAUGAGGCGGAGACACAGGUCCGCUCCCGAAGACUUCCUCUAACCAGGAAGUUCUACGCCUUCUACCACGCCCCCAUCGUCAAGUUCUGGUUCAACACGCUGGCGUACCUGGGCUUUCUGAUGCUGUACUCGUUUGUCGUUCUGGUCCGGAUGCCCGAGUUUCCCGUCUCUCAAGAGUGGGUGGUCAUCCUCUACAUAUUCACCUCCGCCAUCGAGAAGAUACGAGAGAUGUUUAUGUCUGAAGCUGGGAAGAUUAGCCAGAAGGUUAAAGUCUGGUUCAGUGACUAUUUUAACCUCUCAGACUUCCCUGGCUAUUGUCACCUCUUUGUGGGCUUUGGAUUGAGGAUCGGAGGAGAGGAUGUGCUUGUCCCAGGCCGGACUGUGUAUUGCUUGAAUAUCAUCUUCUGGUACGUUAGACUCCUAGAUAUUCUGGCAGUCAACCAGCAAGCAGGACCGUAUGUGAUGAUGAUCGGUAAAAUGGUGGCCAAUAUGUUUUAUAUUGUGGUGAUCAUGGCGGUGGUGUUGAGUUAUUGGCGUGCCGGGAAAGCCAUCCUGUACCCAAAUGAGGAGCCCAGUUGGACGCUGCUCAAAGACGUGGUGUUCCAGCCAUACUGGAUGAUGUACGGGGAAGUGUAUGCGUAUGAAAUCGACGUGUGUGCCAAUAAUACUGAUACGAAUGUGAAAUCCCUGUGCUCCACUUCAGUGUGGAUCACUCCUUUCCUACAAGCAGUCUACCUCUUUGUCCAAUACAUAUUGAUAGUUAACCUUCUCAUCGCCUUCUUCAAUAAUGUGUACCUCCAAGUGAUGUCAAUCAGUAAUCUGGUAUGGAAGUACCAGAGGUAUCAUUUCGUCAUGGCCUACCAUGAGAAGCCAGUCCUCCCUCCUCCCCUCAUCCUCCUCUCCCACCUAGUCUCUUUCUUCUCCUGCAUCUGUCACAAGAGGAAGAAGGACAGUCACUCUUACGGACCAAAGUUGUUUCUAACGGAGGAGGAUCAGAAGAAGCUCCAUGACUUUGAGGAGCAGUGUGUGGAGACGUACUUCCAUGAGAAAAACGACCAGUUCCACUCAGGGAGCGAAGAGCGCAUCCGCCUCACCUCAGACAGGGUUGAGACCAUGUGUAUCCAGCUGAAGGAGGUCGGUAAUAGAGUGAACUUCAUCAAGCGUUCCCUCCACACGCUGGACUCUCAGAUCGGCCACCUUCAGGACCUGUCAGCUCUGACCGUGGACACCCUGAAGACCCUGACCGCUCAGAGGGCCUCUGAAGCCAGCAAGGUCCACAACCAGAUCACCAGGGAGCUCAGUCUGUCCAAAAACUUUGCCCCCGGCCUGGCCCCCACCCCUCAGGACCCUACCCCUCAAUCCAAGGGGGUCAAACGCAGCGUGGGCGCCUACUUCGGUUCCUCCUUCCCUCAGGUGUCCGGGGUGGUGGUGGGGGGCAACAUGGCUGAUUCUCUGUUUGGGAGUGGGGUGGAUCCAAACCCGCCACUGACGCUCAGUCCCCCAGAGCGGAGAGGAGACUGGGCUGGCCUGGGGCACCAAGCUACUGCUGCUAUAGAGGCUGGAUCCUCCACGGGUGGCAGUGCCAGUCACAGUGCCUUCUCCCUCUGCCCAGCUCCGGCGCCCCCUACUGUCAGUCCUCCAGAGCUGCGGCUACGCGGCCACUCCUUCACCCAGUGGCAGCUGACCCGUCCAGUGCAGGUGGGCAUCUCCGACUGCCCCUCCAGCCUGCCCAGUGUGCCCUCUGCUAGGGCUGCUUUCUACGUCAGCUCUACCCCCUCCCAGCCCUCUGUCUCCAGCCACCCAGAKCUCAGCCUGGCUGGGACAGACAAAGACAGAAUCUCUGCUUCCACCUCUGCCUUUGCUGUAGAGUUUGGUGCGUUUGUUGGUAAGUAUAACUGUGAGGAGAAAGACGAGGACACUAGCUGUGUGUACCCCACUGUUGUUGUUGUGUCCAAGACUUCUGACAUUGCUCGCCCCGUUUGCUUGCCUGCUUCCACUGAGAAACGGGGGGCAAUUGGUGAGAAGGAGGGGAGGGGUGAGGGAGGGGAGAGGGCGAAAGGGAGGUAUAAGAGGGAGGGGAGGGCAGAGGGAUAUGUGAAUGAGGCAUUUUCCGAUGAUGAGGGAAGACCCGAAGGAGUMCUGAUGGAUGGGCAGGGCAGAAAUGCUGAGCUUCCGUUGGCUCCUGAGACCGCCCGUCAGGCCACCCCCUCGCCGCAUGCUGACGCUCACAGGAAUAGCCCCCUCCCUGGCUGCACCCUGGCCCCUGCAGUGGUGCCCAGGAGACCCCGCGGCCGUAGGACCAAUGAGGUGGGGUCCUCAAGCCCCAUGGCCCAGCCAGGGUCCCCUCAGCAGGGGGAAAGAAGGACUGAAGCCCCCCUGAGAAGUGACAGCAGGGAAACUACCAGACACAGAGGUUUGAGUCUGUCUGAGUUUAAGUUGGCAGUGGGAAAAUCUCAGAUCACACUCUACCUUUCACCUGUAACACACCUUUUCCUAACCAGGGUGAAGUAUGGUUGUUAGUGGUCUAACGGGGUGGUAUGGGGUCUAACUAAAAUGAAUUAACCACAGGUGUGUUCUCAAAAUAUGGCACCAUGCUCAAUCAAGACUUCAAAAUAAACCAAUCAGUAUGCCAUCAUGUUCAAUCAAUAGACUUCAUAAACUCAUAGCAACAACUCAUUGUCAUUCACCAGUAAAAUAUACACAUUUGAUAAGUCAAUAAACGGUUGCAAACUUUAAAGAAAAACCUGGGGUACCCUUACAGUGGCUUGCGAAAGUAUUC